GGAAUCGAGCAGUCGUUCCUCCAGCAUUGUAAAAGAAUGAUGAUGGAGAGAGAAACACAAGUCCAGCAUUUUUAAUUCUCUUUAACUAUAAAAGCUCUCAAUUAUAUAUCUGAGGUGCUGCGUUUUACCCCUCCAGUUCCUAAGCAACAGCUAUUUUCAGAUUGAGUGCGUCUGGUGUUGUCUACCUACUCCAGGCUUCUUUCUGCGAGGUAGCUUGUCACUGAAAGCCGGGCUGUUCACUGCCUCAGCCUUUUGUUGUAGCACUGCGAGGACACAGAUGCUUUAGAGAAACAGGAGAAGCUGGGGUACAACUGGUCUCGACCUUGCAGCUUACAAAAACUUGUGUGCAUCGGGGAGCUCUGCCAUCUACAAUGAAGAACAGGAGUCAGAAAUAAGGUUCUUGCCACUGGUUUGGGACAGAAGCCUUUUUCUCAAGUCUGGAAAAGCCUCUAGAGCAGAUUCGGAACCAUGAGCCGGAAAUCUCUGUACUUGCUGAAGCGUAGGUGGGAGUCGAUUCCCGCUGCUGACCAGUCUUCUGGUACCAGUAUCACCGUGGAUAUCGCUGUCAUGGGAGAAGCACACGGGCUCAUCACAGACCUUCUGGCCGAUCCUUCGCUGCCCCCCAACGUGUGCACGUCGCUGAGAACAGUGAGCAACCUGCUCAAUACACAGUUAACCUUCCAGGCCAUCCACAAGCCAAGGGUGAAUCCCUUGGUGUCCUUCAGUGAGAACUACACCUGCUCCGACUCGGAGGACUGUCCGGAGAAAGGAGAGAAACUAGCUAUUCCCAAGCGCUUACGGAGAAGUUUGCCUCCAGGACUGCUGAGACGAGUGUCCUCAACCUGGACCACAACAACAUCAGCCACAGGAUUACCCACACUGGAGCCAGCCCCAGUGAGAAGGGAUCGCAGUGCCAGCAUCAAACCCCAUGAAUCAUCUUCAUCCAGCAGCUCUGACUCCUGGAAUAGCUCCAUUCUGAUGACAAUCACAAAGAGCAGGUCCUUCUCCACCUCCUACGCCGUGUCCUCUACCAACCACCUGAAUGCCAAAAGGCAGAGCCGGCAAGGUAUCCCACCAAAUAUUUCACCUCUCACCUCCCCGUGCCAUUCACCGAUUCAGGGGACCCCUGCCACAAGUCCUACUGGAAAAACAUCUUCUGUGUCAUUUCCAGAGUCUACAGAUACUGACACCAAGCAGGGCUUAAAGCCACACAAAGUCUUAACUUCUACUCAGAGUGCACCUAGCCUGUCAGACCCUAUAAUCAGUCCCUCCAUCAUCUGCAGCAGCUGUGGCAGACCCUACAACCAAAUAGAAGCUGGUGAUGGGACACUAAACAGAAAUGAUGCUACUGCACACACCCUGAACAGAACAGAUGAUCCUGCUCAAGCCACUUCUGACUAUGAGACCAACAACAGCGACAGCAGCGACAUCGUACAAAACGAUGAUGACACAGAUUGCUCCAAGGAGCAGCCACGGAAGGGAUCCAGCUGUAGGUCCUACACACCCGAGACCAUCAUCCUGCAUCCCUUGAUACCACCUGAGGACAAGCCUGUACUGGCUCCUGAGCCUCUGGUUAUGGACAACUUGGAUCCCCUGAUGGAGCAGCUAAAUAAUUGGAACUUCCCAAUCUUUGAUUUGGUGGAAAAAAUUGGGAAGAAAUGCGGUCGGAUUCUCAGUCAGGUAUCAUACAGGCUUUUUGAAGACAUGGGGCUGUUUGAAACCUUUAAAAUACCAGUGAGGGAAUUUAUGAACUACUUUCAUGCCUUGGAGUGUGGAUACCGAGAGAUACCUUAUCACAACCGAAUCCAUGCCACUGAUGUCCUACACGCCGUGUGGUACCUUACAACUCAGCCCAUCCCAGGACUCCCAACUGUGAUUAAUGACCACGGGUCAGCAAGUGAUUCAGAUUCUGACAGUGGAAUCACUCAUGGCCACAUGGGUUAUGUGUUUUCGAAGACAUACACACCUACAGAUGACAGCUAUGGAUGCCUGGCUGGCAACAUCCCUGCCCUGGAGCUGAUGGCUCUUUAUGUAGCUGCAGCCAUGCAUGAUUAUGAUCACCCAGGAAGGACCAAUGCCUUCUUGGUAGCAACGAGUGCUCCUCAGGCAGUGCUGUACAACGACCGCUCCGUGCUGGAGAACCACCACGCUGCUGCUGCCUGGAACCUCUUCAUGUCCAGGCCAGAGUACAACUUCCUGGUCAAUCUGGACCACGUGGAGUUCAAGCAUUUCCGUUUCCUCGUCAUUGAGGCGAUUUUGGCUACUGACCUGAAGAAACACUUUGAUUUUGUUGCCAAAUUCAACGCCAAGGUGAACGAUGAUGUUGGAAUUGACUGGACCAAUGAGAACGACCGCUUGCUGGUUUGUCAGAUGUGCAUCAAGCUGGCUGACAUCAAUGGGCCUGCAAAAUGCAAAGACUUGCAUCUGCAGUGGACAGAAGGCAUCGUCAAUGAGUUUUAUGAACAGGGUGAUGAAGAGGCCAGCCUGGGGCUGCCAAUCAGCCCUUUCAUGGACCGCUCUGCUCCUCAGCUGGCACACCUCCAGGAGUCCUUCAUCACUCACAUCGUGGGACCACUGUGUAACUCCUAUGACUCAGCGGGGCUGAUGCCAGGAAAAUGGAUAGAAGAUAGUGAUGAAUCAGGAGACACUGAUGAGCAAGAAGAGGAAGAAACAGCAGAAAUGGAAACUUGUGAAAAUGCCGAAUCCAGAAAGAAGAAGUUCAAGAGGAGGAAAAUCUACUGUCAGAUCACUCAGCACCUGCUUCAGAACCAUAAGAUGUGGCAGAAAGUGAUUGAGGAUGAGGAGAGGUUAGCUGGGUCAGAGAAGCAAGGCACGGAGCAAUCCACACUGCACCAAUCUUCAGAACAAAUCCAGGCCAUCAGGGAAGAGGAGGAGGAGAAAGGGAAGGCCAAGAAGGAUGAAGAGGAGAACACAACUGUAGAACCAAACCAAUGACAAUAUUUACAGCAGUAUUUUAAGACAGAUUGACUCGUGCACAGACUCUUUCUCAAGCCAGCACAGCAUUUAGACACAACACUGUAGAAGUAUGGGAUAAUGCGCCUACAGCUGUUUAAUUUGUUUCUCUUUCCUUUUUAUGGUGAGGUACAUUGUUUAAACUCCUAUGCUCAAGGAAGCUUUCACACUGCAACACCGGCUUUACAGACUGUCUUUGAAGAGAUUUUGGGGGUGGGUGGAAUUAUAUAAAUAUAGAUAUAUAUGUAUAGCCAGGGUUAUUGGCUGCACACUUCAGCAAAAUACAUUUAAUGAUAUAUUAUGGUCACUGUGAUAUUUACAGAAGAAAGUUAUCUAAGGAAAUGCUGCUUCUGAAGCACAUUUGCAGUUAACAGUAAGGUACCAGUUAAGCAGCUUUUGCUCUUAAUGCUGAGGGAUAAAAGUUCCAAAGCUUUAUAUGAAUGCUGAUAUAUCCUGCCAACACAUAUGUGUGAGUGAGGGGGUGUUUGCAAGUGUGAGUGGAUGUGAGGAAAUAUAGCAUAGUCUGAGUUCUUACCACACUAGCUGUAGCACAUGUCCCAAUAUACCACAACAAACAGAAGGCCAGAAUUUUAGAGAAUUUGUGCCUGCAAGGGAACGAUUUUGAGGAGCUUUGCUUUCCCAUAGCCCUCCAAUCCCAGUUUGCACUCCAGCUGCAGGCAGCAGCCAUUCAGUAGUGGCCCAGGCUGCCGUUCUGGCCCUACCCAGCUGUGCCGGCACCACCUCCUCCUCCUCCUCCUCCUCCUCGGCAUUUCCCAGACUGCUGGCGAAAGGGAUGUGCCAGGAGGGCUGUUUCCAAAGGGGUAACUGUGUGACACAGCAGUCUGUUCCCCUGGAGAUGACCUGGCCCUCCCUGUACUGCUGCACACAUGAACAGCUGCGUGGGGUCAGCACGAGUGUUUGGGCAGGAGAAAAUGGGGAGCAGAUGUGUGCUUGGAAGCUAUCUUGGAAGCACACUAUCCUCUUCUGCCCUCACCCUCUGCCUCUGGGCAUCAAUGACCAAAUGUACCAUUUAAGAACAAAGCUAAACUGUUGUGAGAGAAAAGAAGGGGGAGCAUGGGGGUCAUGGCCUUCCCCAGAAAAAUGCAAAGGGUGCAUUAGGAGCUGCAUGGGGGACAGGUGCCAGUCCUGCAUGGGCUGGACACUCGGGUGUCCCAGCAACCACUCACGUGAGCUUCAGAGAGCUUGGGUUUUCAGUGUGAGGUGCUGGAUGGGAGCAGUUUGUUUCUGGCAUUCUGCUUAGAAGCAGCAUGUUUGAUCCCACCAAUAUACUUUUCUUCUUUCUUUUUUUUUUUUUUUUUAAGAGAAAGAAAAAGAUCAGGCCUGUAAGAACAGCAGAUCUUUUUUGUUGUUGUUGUUCUGUUCAUUUGUUUUCUCUGUUGUUUAUGCUGUGAGCCAAAUGUCUAUUUAAAAGGUUGGAUAUUCACUUUCAAUAUUUUAUGUCACGGUAUAUUUGUCAAUGAUUAGCUAUCUAGAUGUAAAUAUGGAAAAAUUUUUAUGGGUUCCUGUAGAUAAUGAUAUCUUUAAGAAAAAAAAAAGAAAAAGAAAAAAAGGGAAAAGCUGUUUUGUAAAGAUAAUUUUUUAAAAAAUAAAUACAAAAACAUUUUUAUACAGCGUAGCCAUUUCCAAACCCCACAAAUAAAGUCUUGAGUAAUUUGUAUAGACCCUUCUGGGAAGCCAGUGGUCUACAGGAUCAAGGCUUUAAAAUAUUAAUGCUCUUGGAGACUGGCAGCACUGACCAGUACCACACAAUUUAGAGAUUUGUUCCCACAGAAGGAAUUAUAUAUAUAAACUUCAGUAUCUCAAAAAUUAUUUGACUAUGUAUGCUUUUUCUACUUUGAUUCUGCAGCCCAUUACCAAGAAGAGGGUUGCUUGUGAGAGUAAGAUUCCUUGUGAAAGGCAGAGUUUGUAGAAGUCCUUUCUGUGUUAAGUUUCUGACAUUACACCCAUCACUUUUUGCUAUUAUUACACAUUCACCAAAUUUCAUGAUCCUGUUGACACCUCCCCAAAACACUGGAAAACAUUCUCUAUCAAAGCCAAUCACAUUUGUGUUAUCACUUCAGAGUUCCUUCUUGCUUUGCAUUUAUGUCAGAAUGAGGUUUUGCUCAAAAGAGGAUUUGGGGUUUUUACUGGUUGCAUUUGCGUGAUACUGUCCUGUCCUACUCUUACCAGUAGAGAAUGUGUUUGCCUUUCAGCAGAGUGACUGGAGCACAGUUCUGAAUGCUCUUAUCAGCAGGAAUAUUUAGGCAGUGUUUUCCAAUGAAAUCAGGAAAGCAAAGAUCCAAAUCGCACUGCUAUUUUAAAGGGAAAGGACAUAGCAGAAUGCAUUCAAAAGAAAAAAGUUGUCUCCAAGAUCUCAGCAAGUCUCCACCAAUUCCAGCUUGCAUUGUUUUCACAUCUCUUCAGUCACUUUGAUUGAUCAUUUUAUUUGGGUUUUUCUUGUACAAAUGAUAUGCAUACCUUAUAGUAUGAGAAGGAUUUAUUAUGCCUCAUUCUGUCCUUUAAAAAUUAAACUCAAAGAGAUGCUUUAAAAUGUCACAUCUCCAAGCACUUCUUUCUCAAUUUUCAGUACAUAAUCACUGCAACUGGAUUUUAAUAUUGGGUUUUACAGUACCUGGAAGAUGAAAAAAUUCUAUUGCAGCGUUAGUGGGUUUCCAGCUGGUAAAAUUACAAAGAGGCAUUCAAGAAUGAGGCAAAAUCCUGUAAGUGAAGUUUCACAUAUUCCUCUAAACUGGCAUAUGCAGGGUUGAACUAAGAAAAGUUAUCUAAAAAUGUGCUGAAAUUGAACCAUUAUAUUUUUCUGUCAUCAUUUUUGGUUGCCAUUAAGUAAAAUUGGUGUCAGCUUCUAGUUUGUUUUUUGACAUUGCCAAUGCAGCUGUUAGAAAUUGAUACACCAUUGCUACCCAAGCCUGUUUGUGGGAACAGUCAUUGAAUUGGAUCUUUAUGGUGAAGAAAUUGCUGCCAGGCUUAAAAUCAGAAUGAUUGUUGUUUUUAUCUAAACUGGAAAGAAAUUCCAGUGAAGAAGCUGAAGUAGCUGUGAGUGCUCAGGUUGGUAAGGGGUGACUUUUUUUCCCACUCCAAAUACUGAGUAGUCAAAUCCAAUUUCUGCAGGUGGCCACUCCUUAUGAAUCUGAUUCUCAGUCUUUGAAGUGCAUGUCUGCAGACAAUGAUCAGGAAAUCUCCAGGCUGGCUUAGAUAUAACACAAAAGAAAAUACCAGAGGGAUUUUAUGUCAAGAAUGUGAAAAUCUCCCUUUUUUGUGCUUUAGGGUUCAUAGAUAAUGAAGCAGGUAAUUUAGGGGGCUCCACAGUAUUUUCUAGUCCAAAGGAGGCAAAACUUUUCACCUGCAGUUACUGCAGCCUUUUGGAGGCUAGAUCUUGAAGGUUUUCCACUUUGCAUAGUCUUUGGUGUUACAAGCACCAAAUAAACCACAGCCUAUGAAAUAUUUUAGGAAGAAAAAAAAAUAAAAGAAAACUAAUUGAAUCCAAUCAACAAAACGCUCAUGUUUUAGGUGGCAUGUUUACAAUGGAAUAGGAAUUUCUGGUACAUACCAUAUGCAAAGCAGCGUGUUAGAUACUGGAGAAAGCAACCCCCAUUUGAACAGUGUUUUGCAGUGACAAAAAACCCCAAAGCCUAUUAGUUUUCUGUUCUUUAAAAGCAGGAAGAGAAAGACUAGAUGAUUUUUUCCAUUUGGAUAUUUUGUUUUCCCCUCUUUAAUGUCGCUUGGUGUCUGAUCUUGUUCUCUCCUAGUCUAGAAGUUUGCUGUUGCCUGAAUUAUGGGGCUUUUACAGUCCUUGCAGCUCCCAGUGCAGUGACAAAAGCACUCUGUCUGUCACAUAGCAACCACACGUAAACACUUUUGUCCAUAUAUUGACACUUUCCUUGAUAGCCACAUGCUGUUUACCAUGGAAUAUAACUUCUCUCAUUGCACUUGUGUUGCAGAUGGAACACGUAGAAGUAGAGAGCGUGAAAGCCCCAAAGUAUUUCAUUACCUUUUCUUUUAGGAGGAGUGUAAGACAUUAGCUUCUAAGAAACCAAACCUGCUGUGUCUAAAAACAAUAGUUUCCACCAUGUUCAAAGGGCCAUAGUUUACUGUGCUCUAUAUUUAUGCUUUAAUUCUAAAAUCUUGGUUUGUUUUUAGCUAAUGUGCAGGGCAUUUUAAAAUUCAUCUCUCAAAAUCAUCUACUUCUUCCAGUAGGAAGAUGGUGUUUGGUGAGAUGUUGCAAGCUGUGCAUCAGAAUUGAGUUGAAACAAUCUAGGGAAAAGGGAUUUUACUGUGCUCUUGGCAGGAUUUUGGACAGCCUUUUUCUGUGAAUGAAAUCUUUUACACAAAGCUGUGUGUCACCAAAGGCCUCCCCUGUGACCUUGUGCAGGGUGCUGGUUCUCAUAGCAAACAUGGUCAUGUUAUGGCAGGAAGUGAUUCCCAGGGUAAAUGUAAUUUGAGAAUGCUUUUGUUACUAAUGCAAGGAUAAUUUUCAGCAGUUUUUAUCCUGGCAUCAUGGGUGAACUUCUCUCUGCAUCAUCAUCAGCCUAAAAUACAAGAUGCAUUUGGGUCUUUUACCAUUAGUGUACCACUGGUAGAAUUUCUUAAGAUCCUGGUGGUCUGAAUCUGGAAGGAAGUUAAGGCUGUAGAGGUUCAGAUAGAUGCUUUUUAAAGUACCAUUUGGAAUCUAAGCAAAUUCCACUUCCAAGUCCCUUUCUAUGCAUUCCAUGUUGGACAUUAAGUUAAUUUGUUUUCUUUUAAAACUCCAAAUUUCUGUCUGCUUUUUUGCUGGAAUUUUUUUUUUCUUUCUGAAAUUCUGGCCCCAUCUUUCUUCAGAAAUGUCCUAGAAAGUAGAAUGCAGUGUGAAGAAGCCAAAGAUCUUGCCAAAUUGAGCAUCAGUCAGUGGUAGAGCCUGUAAGGACUCUCUGUGGGCAUCUAGUGCUGUGCCCAUGCUGCUGAUCUGUGAGCUGAGUAGGUGUGGGGUAGCUGACAGCAACCUGAGCCUAGCUGGUCUUGGAAUCCUAGAGAAUUUUGUCAGUUUUCAACAUGAACCCUAAGGAUUUUUGAAAACUUAGCCAUAAGUCUAAUGCAGCAAAAGGUUUGUGGUUGGACCUGAUUGUUAAUUAAGUUCUUGUGCAAAGUCUCUGAAUUAUCCUACUCAGUCUAUGGUGUGAUCCUGUGAGGGCUUUGCUGUUGAUGAAGAUGGGUACAGGUCGGAGUCCAGCCUCUCACCAACCUUCAGUAUGUGCAGCCAGAUGCACCAGUCAGUGUGAGCCCGGGAGCCCAGCAAACCAGCUCUGCUGGCACUGGGAUCCAGGGAAGACAGCGUCUUCAAAUACCCCAGGCAGGGCACCAGGCGAUUCAGGUGUGGGAGAGGCAGUGCAGAUGCACUGUGGCCCAUGCUAGGGCUGGCCCAUCUCACACACACAGUGCUCAGUGGGCUGGGAGGACAACAGCCGCAGUCUGUGGCUUUUUGUUCUCUGAAGAAGAGGCUUUUGACUGUUGGAAAACUUGCAUGAAAACAACAUGUAACAUUUGCUAUUACUUAUGCAAGUCCUGUCAUGAUCGAGAUGUUCCAACAUCACAUGUUGAAGGAAGGAAGGAAGGUUUCAGUUUAAGGAUGAGUAUGAAGUUGCUGCACAUCCCAUGGCCUCAUGGGCAGAAGAUUAGACAGAAGCACGUUCCCAGAGUGAGGAACGCACCUCUCUGCAGGCACAAAGGGUUGCCUCCUCUUGCCAGCCUCAGCCCUGGAUGGUGGCCUUAGAACCUGGGUAUUCCUCAGCUGACAGCUCAGAGUGGGUGUAAUCAGUCCUCGAGUUGAUGGGGUUGCACACAUGCAGGAAGGAAGUCAAACUAGCAUUUUGUGGGAAGGAGAAAAGGAAAUUGUAGUCCGGUAUCAAACAGAUUCUAUAGAACAAAUUUUUUUUUCCUUUUCUUUCAAAAUCAAAUGUAAUCCUGCUGAAAUGGAGUAAACAUAAAGUUUCUGGGAGUUUAAUUUCUGUUUGAUGUUGCAGUGUUAGUCAAAAUGAUGGCAGUGUUAAGGAGAAGAUAAUUAUUAUUCCCCUUAAUUAGAGUGGAGGAAUCUUUUUUUUUUUUUUUUCCCUAUUUUUCAGUGAAUCAACAAAUAAGAAAGUCCAGAGAUCUUGGAGAAAAAUACGUGUUAAAUGAUUUUGAACAGAUGAAAGAAUAAUUGAAAUUAGGUGACAGCUAUCUUAAGAAACAUUGGAAGAGCUUGCAAAAUUAUUGAUUAUUGGAGUCAAACUUUAGAGCAAAAUAGCACCAGUACUUUUGAGAGCAAUUUAGUAUGAUAAAUCUUUCUUUGAAUUUCAUCACUUUCUUUUAGCAAAACAACAUUCCUCUGAAGGUAAAUCAAAGCAGGGUUUAGCCCCUGCCCUGCUGUGGUAGUUAUUGAGUCCCAGUGUUGGAGGGAGCAGUGUGAGAAUUAUUCUCCAUUUACAACCUAAUUAUGAUUUAUUCAGAAGCCAUUAGUGGGAUUUUCCUGGCAGGCAGGUGUUCUUUUGAUGAAAAAUGCAUCACACCACCUCAGUAGGAUGGAGAUGUCACCUGAGUGAGCACCUGCCUGAGCUCUUAGGACAAUACAAGCUCCUCAGGAGCCUGGAGGCGGAACAGUGCUGGUGUAUUUCUGGAGAGUCCAUUUUCACCAUGACAAAAGGGGGCAAAAGCUUGAGCAAGUUAACAAUACUUCUUUGAUAAAACUGAAACGAUAAGCAUUGUGCAGUCUGAAACCUUGCCUGUGUCACUUGAGAUGUAUGCAGACAUUCCCCCAAGCGCUUGCUCAUGUAAAACUGCUGAUGAGCUCAGGUAAAACCAACUGGCCUUGACUCUGGUCUGUCAAGCUGCAGGAUGUAGUAAAUCAAGAAGACUUUUUGGCUGACGUUGUUUAAUUUUCCUUCAUUAAGGAAAACUCUGGUUGCUGCAAGAGGAGGAAAAAAAAGAAUAUUUCAUUUGAGCUUUUCAGGUCACUGGUCUGUGCCAGUGGUUUCAUAUUCCAAAGUCAUGUGUGUAGUAUGUCCAAGGUGUGGGAAAGGGGCAACAGAUGAGAAUUGUUCUGCCCUGGAUGCCAUAUGGAAUCUGUGUGCUCCAGGGAGCACCACUGAAAUCUGCAGGUGUGCAAAGGGGUGUAUCCCAGCAGUGAAUUAGUUGGGGAAACCCAAAUAUUUCUGUCUUCUGUGUGGAAGUGUAAGAGCAGGUAUACAGGACUUUGCCACAGCUGCAGGCCAUGUGUCCUUUUAUGACUGAAUUCUCUUGUCCUGAGGCAAAACCAUAGAAAUCAGAUCAAAUAAUAGCUCCAGUUUUCAAUGCUGUCUUCCUUUACUGCAGCAAACGCUUUGAAACAAUUGAUGUGAAUUAGCAAUUGUUCCUAUUGCUCUUUGCUUUUAAGUAUUUAUUUAAAGAAGUUGGGAGUUCUUGGUGGCAGGGUUUUUUUUCCUCCUCUGUCCCUAGUCAUGUUUCCCUGUCAUAGGUUAGCUAACCUAUGACAUUCCCCCAUGCUUUGCUAAAAAAAAAUAUAAAAAAAUCUGUGUGAUCUGGUCAGAGAGAAAACAGUGAGGGGUUUGCCAUGUGUGUACAUACUGCUUUAGGUAGAAAGCCUGCUAAAGUCUGCUAAAGCUGACUUUCCUUUUCAAAAUUCCUGCCUGAUCCUGAAACACAACGAAAACCUGUAUUUGAUUGCAGAAUGUUGAUUUGUAGGUGUUUGUAAACCUUGAUACAGUACUGCAGAUGGUGUCCCAAAAGAUCAAAGACAAUGUUAAUAACUGCUAUGUGAUGUUGAUGAUAUCUUUAAUAUUUCAACGAUGUCAGCAUACUUUUGGUCAUUACUUUUCUAAACUUAAGUAUUCUUUUCUUGAGUAAUCAAUAUAAGAUGUUUGCAUGAUGGAAAGUAAUUUAAGUUCACUUUUAAAAAAGCAGUGAUUCAUACUGUGGGUUACGUUUGUUUAACAGAUUAACAUUUUCACUGAUGGGUGGCAGUUUUUUUUUUCCUUUUUAGUGCUUUUGAUAGAAGAACAUCUAGGACAUUUUCCAACAAAAACAGAUAUUUUCACCUUUGCCUCCAGUUGUAGAAGAAAUACCUUCCAAAAAUAAUUCUUUUCCAGUUCAGUGUGCCCUGUCUGGGUUACAAUAUGCAAGUAUGUUUAUCAUGUAGAAAGUGUGAUUAAGAAAAUUAAAAAUCCCAUUCUGGUAAUCAAGAAAUUAACAUAGCAAGAUCACAACCCUUUCUGAAUUAAAAUCUUCAGUUGCCAGUAUAAUUGAAGCACUUGACCCCCACCAGAUUUUAGAGCCAAAUUAUACAAAUUUUGUAUUUUAAAAUCGACAACGGGCCAGACAAAGUUUUUUACUUCAGGAAACACUGAGGAAUUUGGUCAUCUUACAUCCUAUCUUGUGAGGUUUGACUCCUGGCCUGGGACCUCAGGGCAAAAUCAUUUUAAUGAUGUUUAUUCAGACUCAGCUAUAGUAGCAAGUUUCCACAAAUCACUCGAGUACUACAAAUUUAAUCCCUCCUUGAUUUUUUUUUCGCUUCAAAAGGUGAGAAAAAGGUGGGGGGAGUGUAAUUUUAUAUGGCUCUAUUUGAAAAGGGUUUUGUGUACCUUUAUAAUUCUUUUGAAGCAAUAUUUUAAAAAACAACUGCCAGCCAAAGUGGCAAUGCAGAAAAGUGCCAUCUUGUUUAGGAUUUGUACACGCCAGUUUUUAACACAGUGUUCUUUUCACUAAGUACUACAUACGUUAAUUUAUAUUUAUAUAUUGUCAAUAUUGUUGUAACCAAGCUUCUCCUUUCUAAACACUUCAGGAACAAGGCCUUGUAUUUUUAGAUGAUUUUCAUAAACAGAAUAAUUCUUUUCCUUUCACUAGUAUCUUGCACUCGAUACAUGUAGCAAUACUUAAUAUAUUCUCUUCACAAGUAUUUGUUAAGUGAUUUAGUUAAUGGCUGAUAAAUGUUUUGUACAAAAUAGAUUCUGUACAGGAAAAAAAAUCUUUUAGAUAAACAUUAUUUAUUUUUACUGUUUUGUAAGUUAGACACUCUAAUGAAGCUCCUUUUUGCCAGAAUUACUGGAAGUGCCUCUUGGUAAAAUGUAUUAUACAGUAAAUAUGUAUUCAAAAUUAUUAGAAAUACUUGUCACAAAAUGAACAAUGUGGAUGUUGCAAUGUGAAGACAAAUGUACAACAUAAAUAUAAUUCUGUGGUAUCCUG